AUGUCUAAAAAAGUUAUCUUACAAAAAUUUUUAAAUUCGAAUCGCUAUACAAUUGAAAGCGAUUAUAUUACAAUUAUCAAGCGUUUAAAUACGGACAAUUUUUGUGUGACAGUAACACAUGUCAGUCUACCUGUUGGUAGAGGAAGGCCCAAGAAAUAUAACAAUUUUGUUGAGGAAUGUAAGCAACGAACUGGAAUAAUUAGUAUUAACAAUAAAGAUAACUUAUGUUUGCCCCGUGCUCUAAUUACCGCUAUUGCCAAAAUAGAAAAUGAUGUAAACUAUGAAAAAAUUCGACGAGAUGUAAAUAAGCAACAAUUAACAAAAGCCCAAGAAUUGGUAAAACAAGCUAACGUCAUAAUUCCCGUACUCGGCUGUGGAGUAACAGAAUUAAAACAAUUUCAAAGUCAUUUAAAUAAUUACAAAAUUGUUGUUUAUGAAUAUGGAGGUGGUGGUAGAGAUGUGAUAUUUGAAGGGAGUAAUCAUGGUAAAAGGAUCAAUUUAUUACAUUAUGAUGACCAUUUUAAUGUAAUUACCUCUCUUACUGCGGCUUUUUGCUCUUCAUAUUAUUGUGAGGAGUGUAAUAUUCCGUAUCAUGGAAAGAAUGACCACAGAUGUUCUCGUAUAUGCCCAUGUUGUCAACAAUUACCACAAUGCCGAUCAAAUGGAAACAAUAUUUUAUGUAAAGAUUGCAACAGACUGUUUCGAAGCCCUAUUUGCUUAGAAAACCAUAAAGCAUCGGGUUCAAAAAGCAAAAGUAUUUGUGAUGAAGUGAAAAAAUGUUUAAGUUGUCUUAAGACAUAUAAAUCUAAUCGACAACAUAUUUGCGGGGAAUCAUUUUGCAAAACCUGUAAUAUUCAUGUUAGUCAAGGACAUCUAUGUUUUAUUCAAAAAGACGACAAAGAACCACCAUUAAGCAACUUUAUUUACGUAUUUUAUGAUUUAGAAACACGACAAGAAAAAAAAAUUAGUGAAAAUGAAAGGCUUCACGAACCAAAUUUAUGUGUGUUAUCUCAGAGAUGUGAUAGUUGCAUCGAUGAAUCUAAACUGUUGUUUUGCCAAAAAUGCAAAUUUAGAAACUCGCUAAAUUAUUUUCCAAUGGCUCUCUCCGAACUCCCAAAAGCUUUUGAUUUACCAUCAAAUUUUAAAAAAGGAUACUUUCCAUACAAAUUUAACACCAUAAAAAAUGCGAAUUAUGUUGGCCUUUUACCAGCAAUAGAAUACUACGGGGCAAACAGCAUGAAACCAAAAGAACGUGACAUAUUUCUGCAAUGGCAUGAAAAUCAUAAAAAUGAUGUUUUUAAUAUGCAACGUGAUAUUAUUGAAUACUGUAUUUAUGAUGUUGUAAUAUUAAGAGAAGCCUGCCUUAAGUUUCGAAAAUUGUUCAUAACUGAAUGUAAUGUGGAACCGUUUUUAGAAGCCACAACUAUAGCAUCAGCCUGCAAUUUAGUGUUCCGGAGAAAUUUUCUUAAGUCCAAUACUAUCGGGCUGAUUCCUAAAAAUGGAUAUAGAUAUGCAGAUAAUCAGUCAAAGCAGGCUAUACAGUGGCUGGUUUUUGAAGAGGAAAACCGUAAAAUCAAUAUUCAACAUGCAGCUAAAGAACGGGAAGCUAUAGUGGCCGGUGUAAAAGUAGACGGUUAUUGCCAAGAAACUAAUCAAGUUUUUGAGUUUUACGGAUGCUAUUUUCAUGGGCACCCCUCUUGUCUACCACAUAAACGUGACAAACCUUUGUACGAUGAUUUAAAUGAUACUCUAAAUCACCGCUAUGCAAGAACAAUUGAAAAAAGUAGCCGAUUAAGAAAUUUAGGUUACGAAGUUGUGGAAAUGUGGGCUUGUGACUUUGAAAGUUUACUAAGUACAAAACAGAAAGAGCAUUUAAAAAAUCACCCAUUAGUAAACUGUACCCCGUUAUAUCCUCGAGAUGCAUUUUAUGGUGGUCGCACAGGAAAUACAUUUAGUUACUAUAAGUGCAAAAAUGCAGAAAAAAUAAAUUAUAUUGAUGUGUGUUCCUUAUAUCCAUAUGUAUGUAAAUACGGAAAAUUCCCUAUUGGACAUCCCAAAAUCCAUAUUGGAAAUACUAAAUGUUAUUCAUUAAAUUUACAAAACAUAAAUGGUCUCAUAAAGUGUAAAAUAUUGCCACCUGAACGUUUGUAUCAUCCGGUUUUACCGCUGAAGCAAAAUAAUAAAUUAAUGUUUACGUUAUGCCGUUUAUGCAGCGAACAAAGAAAUCAAAAUAAAUUUUGCACACAUUCAAAUGAUGAAAGAGCCUUAACAGGAACUUGGGUUAUCGAUGAAGUUAUUAAGGCUCUAGAAAAAAAUUAUAGGAUAUUGGAGACGUAUGAAAUAUGGGAAUACGACGUAUCACAAUAUAAUAAACUUAAAAACGCUGAAGGAUUAUUUAGUAAAAUGAUGGAUAAAUUUUUAAAAAUAAAACAAGAAGCUUCAGGGUGGCCCAGCAAGUGUUGUACUAAAGAUCAAAAAGAAAAAUAUAUUGAAGAUUUUUUGCAAAACGAAGACAUACAGCUCGAAUAUGAAAAAAUUUUGAACAAUCCUGGGUUACGAUCAUUUGCCAAAUUGAUGUUAAAUUCAUUUUGGGGUAAAUUCGGACAAAGAGAAAACUUACAAAAAACAAACAUUAUAAAUGAGCCAUUUGAGUUGUAUGAGAUGUUAACUAAUGCAGCAAUAGAAGUAUGCCACAUUUUACCUAUAAAUGAAAGAAAUAUUGUUAUUAACUGGCAAUACAAAGAAGAGGUAACAGAAUCUUUAUCAACUGUGAAUGUCUCUAUUGCUGCAUUCACAACCGCACAAGCCCGUCUAAAAUUGUACACAUACUUGGAAAAGCUAGAUAAUCGAGUUUUAUAUUACGAUACAGACUCAAUAUUUUACAUAAGUCGUGAAGGUGAAUAUGAACCCCAUACUGGAGAGUUUAUAGGGGAUAUGACUAAUGAAUUGGAAAGCUAUGGCCAAGGUAGUUAUGCUACAGAAUUUGUAAGCGGUGGUCCAAAAAAUUACGCCUAUAAGGUUUUUUCUACAAAAGAUAAUUCUGAAAAAGUGGUUUGUAAGGUGAAAGGAAUUCGCUUAAACUACGACGCUUCACACAAAAUCAAUUUUGAAACGAUGAAGGAAGCUGUUUUAAAUUUAAACAAUUUUGAAAAUAUUUCCAUACUUUCUGACAAUAUUCGAAGAACAAAAGAACAUGAACUCAUUACGGUGUCUGAAACCAAAACAUAUCAACCAAAAUCCGAAAAGCGAAGAUUUUUGCCUGAUUACAGUUCGUUGCCAUUUGGUUAUAAAAGAAGAAAGAUAACUCAAUAA